CGAGAGAAACGCGACGCCGAAAGCUGUUUUCAUUAGUUUGUUUGGGAAUUAAUUGGUAAUAUAGACACCGGCCAACCAGAUAAGAUCCAAACAUUCCAGCCGCCUGCCUUCCUGCCAAUCCGGAUCAACGGGGUAACCGGAAGCAUGGAGGUCGAACAGCCGGAGCUGUUGUUUUUCGAUACGUUCUCUCACGAUUCCUACGAGCGUAAUCUGGAUCUGGUGCAGUUUCCCAACCCAGUCUACAUAACGGAGGUGCGCAUCAUACCGCUGGGAGCCCGUGUGCAUGCCGACUUCCCAGGCGGCGUUCGGCUCGGCGCAACAAACCCUUCCAACUUCCACAUCGAACUGUUCGUGAACGAUCUGGGCAAACCGGGAGCAGCCGUGUUCGAGAGUUUGGGCGAGCUCGAGUAUAACCAGAACAAUUGCAUCCAUCUGGAGUGUGACCGGCGGGCGGAGGAAUUCGUGCGUCGCAUCCCAACCGAUGGGCUGGUGCUGAAGGGUUGGUACACCACGCUGACGCUCGCCGUGUACGGCAUUCUCACCACCAACAUCGCGGAACCGAUCAUAUCGCCGCGCGAAACAACGCCCCAUCCGAGUGAUGCGUUGCUGGUAGGCGGCCACGAAGCGGGUGGCAUCGCCGAACCGAUCGGGUGUGGGGUCGAGUGGAACCAGGAAGUGGUGAUUCACAAUCCGAACGUGGUGUUUGUGCAGAAAGAGUACCCGGACGAUGACAGCGAAGAUGCCCCCAAGGAUCCGCGGCCGUACGCACGGCGUGUGGCAGCGGCAGCGGCGGCGGCAGUCGCUAACGUGGCCAGCCCAUCGGAACCCAUCUACGAGCCGCUCGAAAGCGGCAAAAUACUGCCAAACGAGUAUGAGCUGGAGGAGAAGCGCGGCAAGUGUUCGGCGCAGCAACUGCGUACGUCCGAGCACCAGGCGCUGUUGCAACAACAGCAGCAGCAGCCAACUCCGACGCCACAACAGCAACUACAGACGCAACUGCCGCCUCCCCAGCAGCAGCAGCAGUACGCGUACGAACCCGUCCGUUCACCACGGCUGCGGCGUCACAGUAGCCGCGAUGAAUUUUCGCGAUCGCCCAGCCUCGACAAAGAGUUGGAUUCCCCGCUACCGCCCCCUCUACCUCCGGCGGCGACCAAACAGUCCGGCCAGUCGCAGCACAUACGCGAAUGGUCCCGCAGCCCAGACUACCAGCCACCACCGUUGCCACCGUUCUCAUCGCGAUCGCGUCGAUUGCGUAGCGUUUCUUUUGAGCGGGGGCAGCACCGUGACUCGUCGUACGAGCGGAACGUCGAGAAGGAGGACCGACGACGGCCGCGUUCGCCCAUCGGUUCGCCCCGUCGUCCCCGUUCGCCGGAUCGCAACGAAUCCUCACCGGAGGAAAUGGAAGAGGAGGACGAACCGCCCAUGGUGGGAGGCUCGAUCAUUGAGCCGGACGAAAUACUGGCCGAGAUGGAGGAGCUGGGUAAAGGGUCGGGCUUCCACAGCAGGGCAGCCACCCAAACCCUGCCCAGCAGCAAGUAUACAGGACGGGACAAGCGGAGUGUCGCGAGCGUGAUCCGAUCACCGUCCAAGCAUUCACCUUCCUCGGGCUACAGCGGAACGCGCAACAGUGGGCAAUCGCAGCAGGUGCAAUCAUCACAGCAGCAGCAGCAACCACAGUCACAACCACCGCUACCGCCACCACCAGCGCACCAUCACAGUCAUCACCAGCACGGCCACCAGCACCAUUAUCAUUACCCGCACCAGCACGGCCACCAGCAUCACUCGCAGCAACAGCAGCAGCAGCAGCACCACCAUCAUCAUCACCAUCACCACCAGCGCCAACUGUCUCCUCAUGCACCAAGCGGUGGGAGCGCUGGACCGCCGAUGGUUAGCUCACCGCCUCUACCGCCUGGCAAGUGCGAGUUGCCGACCCACAUCUCGCCGGUGCAGUCGCCCACGAUGACGGCUAUCGAGGAGGAUAUGCUGUCGGUGACAGAACAGUUCGAGCCCAUCCUGAGCGACGAAGAGAUCCCCGAGGACUACGACUACGAGUCCUCUGACUGUGGAGGGGACUAUGCGUUCGAGUACGGCAAAUGUUUCAAUCCGUUCACUGCCACGCUGGUGCGGUAUGAGCGGCCACAGGACGCUAACAGUGGCUUCAGUGGGGUGGAGCAGAAGAUCUUGCUCACGAUCGAGCACCUGCUUGCCCAGGAGCGCUACAAUCGGGAGGCAACCGAAGGCUUCGAGCAGGAGAGUGCCGACUGGCGGGAGCGGUUCGUCGAUUACUGUGAGCAGCUGGUGCUGCACUUCAGCCAGCUGCUGCAGAAGGACGAUGCCCGGGACGCGCUCCAACAGGUGCUGGAGCGCUGGAUCGAGGAUGGCUGGUGCGGCAUCGAGCGGCUGAUUAACUGCAUCCGAAUCGCGCUCGAUUUCGAUUUGGCGAUGGGGCAGGCACAGCCGGCGUACAAGCUGCGCCACAUGAAGGCUGGCAUCCGGUUAGCCGAGUUUCUCGGCCCGUACGAGUGUUUCAUGCGGCAGCUGCUUGCCCAGGACGAGUUCAAUCUGUUUGAUCGCUUCCUAGGCCUCUAUUCGCAGAGCUAUAUGGCCCUCUCGAUCAAACUGAUGAUCAUCCGGAGUCUGUACGCGUGCUUGGACAGCCGGGCCGCACUGCACUACUUCCUUUCACCCUCGUACAACGGCUACCAGCUGCUGCUCGACCUGCUGCAGGAGAAUCCGUCGACACGGAUCGCAUUCGCCCUGAAGUCGUUGCUACGCAAGAUCACACUGUACGAGAACGUCAAGCUGAUCGGGGCCACCGUGGAGCAGCUGUACGGCGAGGAACAACAGCGAACAGCAGUGACCACAUCGACCACCGAGCCACAUCAGAUGGAGCCAGAGACGUUGGAGCUGCUGGAGAUCUGCCUGACCGAGCUAACGAAGACGAUCUCCUGGAACGAGAUAGCGCUGUCCCAGCCAAAGCGCUUCCUACCGGUAACGGCCAAGUUCGAGAUACACAAGGAUCUCUCCUCGUCGAUCAACGUUAACCGGACGAUCGUGCAGUUCUUCAAGUCGUACCGGCUGCUCGAAUCAUUGGUGCUCCUGCUAGAUCUGAAAGCGACACCCGGGUCACUGUGCGAGAUCAUCUACGGUCUGCUGGGGGUGCUGCUACGCAGUCUGCCCAAGUUGCGCUACCUUGCCGACCGUGCGCACGUCAGCAACUUGCUGCUGCGCUGGUUGUUCCAGCACGUACCACCGUUGCCAGUGCCGGACGGUGCUUCCAGCAAGGCUAGUCUGUACGAGCUGCAACCUGACCUGACCCGUCCUCAGCUGCUCGGGCUGGAGCUAGUGUACAAGCUACAAACACUGUACCACCUGGAUGAAUUGGUGGCCGGUCUUCGCCAUCUCUCGAGUAGUAGCGGAUUGGAUGUGGCCUCGGACGCGGCUGCACGGGAACGCGAGCGUGGUAACCUGGCCGAGUGUUUGCAAGCGCUGUACGAGCUGACGCAUGGCAUUGGUCGGCGCUUUGCCAUCGAGGUGCUUGGAAUGGACGGCAAUUUGGGUCUGCUGCUCGAUCUACUCGAGCGUGAGAAGCGCCUGCUAGCCAAAGAGGAGGCCAACGCUGCACAGUGUGGAACUGGUGGUGGUGGUGGUGGUGUUGGUGUUGGUGUUGGUGGUACCAAUGAUGGUCGCGACGGCAGUAGUUGUGUGAAGCAGAAAUCGUCACCGAUCCUUAGCUACUGCGUUGAUCUGAUUGACUGUACCGUGCGCCACGCGGAUGGUGUUACCUACCUGGCCACGCACGGUUCAGCACUGCUCGGGCUGGUGAAACAGCACGACCAAUUCGAGCCGUCAGUUAGCACGGUGCUGCAGGAGCUGGCCGUGUAUCUGAAGCCGCUCGAGCUGCACGAUCUGUUCGCGUACGUCGACAUUGGACCACUGGUGGAGCUGAUGAAGCGCAGCGUCGAGUACGUGACGGCGUUCCCGGGUGAUCUCAUCACAGCGCUACGCCUAGUGCGCUAUCUCGGCAUAGCGCAGUACGAUGGCUACGAGCAGCCGAACGGCGGUCACACCGAGUUUAAGUACAAGUACACGUUGCUUCAGUUCUACUCGGCCGACGGGAAGGCCCUGCUGCUGUCGGUGAUUGAGAAGCUGAACCAUUACUUCGACCAGCCGGCCAUCCACGCGUCGAGCCUGGCUAGCGGCCAGGGCGUGCUACUGACGCAGGUGCUCGGCCCAGCCGUCCACAUCCUGCGCAAGCUCGUCACCUACCUGAUCGACUGUCGCAACACGGAGUUCCGCGACUUGGCGCUGGUCGAGCCGCUGCUGCGUACGUACGCAUUGAUGCAAAGCGUACCGCCGACUGCCACCAGUAGCCCGGAUGCGCGCCAGGUGCAGCGCGAGAUCGUGCGCAUCCUGCUUGCCUACACGCAACCCGUGCCGACCGAGGGCCUAGACACGAAGAACAUCCAGCGGAGCCUGUGGACGCAGAUGGUCGGCGAGCUGGUGCGGUUCACGAUGCACGGGCCGAACUACUUCCUGCCGGGUCUGCUGGUUCUGUGCGAGCUGCUACCGUUGCCGCUACCGAUGUACUGCCGCCAGCGACUGAGUGUACUCGAGGUGAGCCGGCUAAUCAAGGACCGUCAGCUGUGGUCGGCACACCUGCAUCCCCAGAGCCCGGCCAUUGGCGAGCUGAUCCAGACGCUCUGCACCUCCAGCUAUGCCCCGCUGCUGGUUGUGCUGAGCCGCGUUUGUCUGCAGUUAUCGGAUCUAGCUCCCAACAUGACGCUGCUGAUCUCGAAAUCUCUGGCCGAUCUGAUUGUACAGGAGCCGCUACUACCGGGCGGGCUGGCCAGUACUAGCCACGCCCGGCUGCUCAGCUUUCUCGCCGGGCUAGUGUGCAAUGCGUCGGUCAAGGUGUCGCUGCUCUCGAUCCUGCCCGGGCGCAUCAUGGACAUGCUGAUGAAUGUGCUGCUGAAGCCGGGCCAAACGCCGGCGCACCAGCAAACGCAAGAGCACAUCUACGUCGUGUUUCAGAGCCUGUUCGAUGCCGAGAUUGCGCUCAUGUUCGGCGCCGACAUUGAUCCAGCGCUACAGCUCGCCUGUGCCCUGCCACCGAAAGACAUUGUCGACACGUUCGCUACGGUUUGCUGUGAGUGUGUAUCGUUCGAAGAGAUCGGUCCCAGUGUGCUCAUUGCCGCCCUCCGCACCAUGUUACUACUGAUGGAAAACGACACUACCUUCGUGGCACUGGUGAUGAAUCUGUUGCGCCGGAGCGACGGAUGGCGCACCGUGAUUGGCAAAUUCCUGCACAAGGCGAGGGACAACGUGAAUCCGUGGCGUGUCCUGUUUGGUUUGCUAAGCGAAUUAUGGCGUGGAUUGAUCGAGAUAGACGAGCGCAGCCUGGAGGGUUUGAAUCUGCCGAAGCGAACGCUCGUACUACCUGUCAGUCAGCUCGCGCAGCUCCUACCAACAGCCGGCAGUGGCGGGGAGCUCAACGAUUUACGCUCCGCUCAAAUCCUGCUCGACGAUAUGCUACAGCUAUUCCAGCCACCCAAGUCCAAGGAUGGAGAGGAGGCUGAGGAUGAAGAGGACGAGGAUCGACAACAGCAGCAGCAGCAGGAACAGCAGUCGGCUGACUUGAUGGACGUGUCGACGGACUCACCGGUGACCAGCGCCGGCUCGGUUCCGUUCGGUCGCAGCACGCUGGAAAACAUCGAGUAUCUGCGCCGGCAGCUGACCGCAGCGAUCGAUGCGGGUGACGAAUCGUUCGCACCAAUCGAUUGGACGGUCAUCGCGGUGGAGCCGUUGCCGCAGGCGGAAGGCAUUGUCACGCAGUACGGUUCUCGCAGCGUUUACGUUUUCGUCGACGAGUGUGGCGCCUCCUCCUCAUCUUCCACCGAGCAACAACAGCAGCAGCUCAAGACGAGCGAAUGGCUGGGCUUUAUGCCGUGCGAGGACGAUCUGGAGCGGGAGCAGAUACCGUGUGAUCUGCAGGACCUCGCCAAAACCUGCCUCACUGGCGACACCAACCUGACGGCCGACUGCAAGCGCUUGCUGCAUUUGUCCGCAUCGCCGCAUUCAAACCGCGAUCGCCUAACGACUGCACCGUGCUUCCGAACGCGCCGCGUUGAGGUGGAACCGAGCACUGGUCGGCCGGAGAAGAAAAUCUUUGCUACACCGCUGCGUGGUCGUGGCUUCAGCAGGGCACCGACCAUCCGAGGCGAUCUGUUCCGAUCGCGGCCACCGAACACAUCGCGACCACCAUCGCUGCACGUGGACGACUUCUUGGCGCUCGAAACGUGCGGUGCACAACCGACCGGCCCGACAGGGUACAACAAGUUGUCGCGCGACAUCAUCACGAUCCGCGGUUCGAACCGCAGCCGCGGUCGGAACUAUCCCGAGCGGGCGGGUGGUCGCGUUUCGUCCGGCAGUGGUGGCGGUGGCGGCGGCGGCGGUGGCGGUGUUUCUGGCAGCGGAGGUGGUAGCGGUGGUGGUAGCGGAAGCGGUGGUGGCACCGGUUCCAACUGGUCCUCCUCUCCAUCGAUGCACGAUGGGGGCGGAUCGGGCGGAAAACACUUCAGCCAUGGUGGAAGCGGUGGUGGUGGUGGUGGCGGCGGUGGAAGUGGUGGUGGCAGUGGAGUCAGUAGCGGUGGCCAUUACCGGGACAGUAACCACUUCAGCACGCAGCGACCACGCUCUGGUCGGGGCUUCAACCGGUACAGCAGCCGGUUGUACAGCAGCCGACCGCUGUAAAGGAACGACACGGUACCCUUUAGCUAUAGGUUUACAUGCUACCUUUCCCACAUUCAAUUACCUCUCUUAGCGUAUCCUUCUCUCCGUGUUUCCGGUCAGGGAAGGCCAAUUCAAUUGAACAACUGUUGAGGUUGAAGUAGGAAAACUCGACCGACCGAAUAAAGUCCGGUGUGCCGGGAGUUCGCAAUUGUA